GUGAAGAUGGCGGACUGCAUACGUGUUCCUCUGCUCCUGCUCUUGAUGUGCAUCUUUUUGUUUGUACAUCCGAUUCAAGCUCAAAACAAAGCUAUUUCCAAACUUAUUGCCGGUGUCGAUAAAAUUCAGUACCCAGUCGGAGGUCUGGGGCCCGCUGCGGGGAACCCUGGAAUCGAUGAGAGGAACCAAGGCGCCGGGGCCUCGCUGUCUCGGAGGCGCUCUACCGGCUGGAAGUUGGCUGAGGAGGCGGUGUGCAGAGACGACCUGACCCGGCUUUGCCCCAAACACUCCUGGAACAACAACCUGGCGGUGUUGGAGUGUCUCCAGGACAGGAAAGAGGACUCUGAAAUCGCUACAGAUUGCAACCAUCUGCUGUGGAACUAUAAGCUGAACCUGACCACAGACCCAAAGUUUGAGUCUGUAGCGGUGGAGGUCUGCAAGACUACCAUCUCUGAGAUUAAAGAAUGUGCCGCGGAGGAGCUGGGGAAAGGUUACCUGGUUUCCUGCCUUGUAGAUCACCGUGGCAACAUCACCGACUACCAGUGCAACCAGUACAUCACCAAGAUGACCACCAUUGUUUUCAGCGACUACCGGCUGAUCUGUGGCUUCAUGGACAAGUGUCGCGAUGACAUCAACACCCUGAAAUGUGGCAGCAUCAGCACCGGAGAGAAGGACGUCCACUCUCAGGGCGAGGUGAUCGCCUGUUUGGAAAAAGGUUUGGUUCGUGAAGCCGAGGACCAGACGGGGGCGCGCGUCAUCAACGACGAAUGUAAAAAGGCCAUCAUGAGAGUCGCUGAGCUCUCCUCCGACGACUUCCACCUGGACCGCUACCUCUACUUCUCCUGCAGAGAUGACAGAGAACGCUUCUGUGAAAACACUCUGGCCGGGGAAGGAAGAGUUUACAAAUGCCUCUUCAAUCACAAGUUUGAGGAUUCCAUGUCUGACAGGUGCCGCGAGGCGCUGACCACCAGACAGAAGCUGAUUGCUCAGGACUACAAGGUCAGCUACUCGCUGGCCAAAGCCUGCAAGUCGGACCUGAGGAAGUACCACUGCAACGUGGACACCAGCUUGCCCCGAGCGAGGGAAGCUCGCCUGUCCUACCUUCUGCUGUGUCUGGAGUCGGCCGUCCAUCGAGGUCGUGUGGUCAGCGGCGAGUGUCAGGGUGAGAUGAUGGAUUACAGGCGGAUGCUGAUGGAGGAUUUCUCUCUGAGUCCUGAGAUCGUGCUGCACUGUCGCAGUGAGAUUGAGAGUCACUGCUCUGGUCUGCACCGCAAAGGGCGAACGCUGCACUGCCUAAUGAGGGUCGGCCGAGGAGACAUGGGCGCCAUCGAUCCCACCUGUCAGAAGGCGCUGCAAACGUUGAUCCAGGAAGCCGACCCCGGGGCCGACUACCGCAUCGAUCGGGCACUUAACGAGGCCUGUGAGUCCGUCAUCCAGACCGCAUGCAAACACAUCCGCAGCGGCGACCCCAUGAUCCUGUCGUGUCUCAUGGAACAUCUGUACACUGAGAAGAUGGUGGAGGACUGCGAGCACAGACUGCUGGAGCUGCAGUACUUCAUCGCCAGAGACUGGAAGUUGGAUCCGAUCCUGUACAAGAAAUGUCAGUCCGAUGCAUCCCGACUCUGCCACACUCACGGCUGGAAUGACACCAGCGAGUUGAUGCCGCCUGGUGCCAUUUUCUCGUGCCUGUACCGCCACGCCUACCGCUCUCUGGAGCAGGGACGAAGGCUCUCCCGGGACUGCAAGGUGGAGGUGCAGAGGAUUCUCCACCAGAGGGCGCUGGAUGUGAAGCUGGACCCUGAGCUGCAGAGGCGCUGCAUGACUGACCUGGGAAAGUGGUGCAGCGAGAAAACGGAGGCCGGGCAGGAGCUGGAGUGCCUGCAGGACCACCUGGACGACCUGGUUGCUGACUGCAAGGAGGUGGUGGGAAACCUGACCGAGCUGGAGUCAGAGGAUAUUCAGAUUGAGGCGCUGCUGAUGAGAGCUUGUGAUCCCGUCAUUCAGGCCCACUGCCAUGAGGUGGCUGAUAACCAGAUCGAUUCUGGUGAUCUGAUGCAGUGUUUGGUUCAGAACAAACACCAGAAGGAGAUGAAUGAGAAGUGUGCCGUGGGAGUGACACACUUCCAGCUGAUUCAGGUUAAAGAUUUCCGUUUUUCCUACAAGUUCAAGACAGCCUGCAAGGAAGACGUCCUCAAACUGUGUCCCAACAUCAAGAAGAAGGUGGACGUCGUGAUCUGCCUCAGCACCACAGUGAGAAACGACACCCUGCAGGACGCCAAGGAGCAGCGAGUGUCUGUCAAGUGUCGUAAACAGCUGCGGGUGGAGGAGGUGGAGAUGUCAGAGGACAUCCGCCUGGAACCGGAGCUGUACGACUCCUGCAAGACCGACAUCGGCAGGCUGUGUCAGAACGUGGCCUUUGGGAAUGCACAGGUUAUCGAGUGUCUGAAGGAGAACAAGCGUAAGCUGAGUUCGCAAUGCCACCAGAAGGUCUUCAAGCUGCAGGAGGUGGAGAUGGUUGAUUCUGAACUUGACUAUCAGCUGAUGAGAGUCUGCAAGAACAUGAUCAGACGCUUCUGUACAGAGUCAGAUGGGAAGAACGUUCUUCAGUGUUUGAAGCAGAACAAGAACAGCGAGACGAUGGAUCCCAAAUGCAAGCAGAUGAUAACCAAGCGACAGAUCACCCAGAACACAGACUACAGGCUGAACCCGGUGCUGAGGAAGGCCUGCAGAGCCGACAUCCCAAAGUUCUGUGACUCCAUCCUAAAAAAGGCCAAGGAUGAAACCGAGCUGGAGGGUCAGGUCAUCUCCUGCCUCAAACUUAAAUACGCUGACCAGCGUUUGUCUCCUGACUGCGAGGAUCAGAUCCGGGUCAUCCUGCAGGAGUCGGCGUUGGACUACAGACUUGACCCUCAGCUGCAGAUCCAGUGUGCAGAAGAGAUCUCCAGUCUGUGUACAGAGGAGGCAGCAGCUCAGGAGCAGACAGGACAGGUGGAGGAAUGUCUAAAAAUCAACUUGCUGAAGCUCAAGAAGGAAGGAUGUAAGAAGGAGGUGUUGAACAUGCUGAAGGAGAGUAAGGCGGACAUCUAUGUUGACCCCGUCCUUCACACGGCCUGCGCUCUGGACAUCAAACACCACUGUGCUGCCAUCCCACCCGGCAAAGGACGCCAAAUGUCGUGCCUGAUGGAAGCGCUGCAGGACAAACGUAUUCGUCUGCAGCCCGAGUGCAAGAAGAGACUUCAAGAUCGCAUCGAUAUGUGGAGCUACGCUGCCAAGGUGGCGCCUGCUGAGGGACUUGGCGACUUGGCCAUGCAGGUGAUGACAUCGCCGUCCAAGAACUACAUCCUGACCGUGAUCUGUGCCGGUGUGGCGCUGCUCUUCAUGAUGGGGCUGUUCUGCGGCAGGUUCACCAAGCGAGUCACUCAGGAGCUCAAGGACAGAUCCAGGAUGUAGAGCAGCCUGAAGCCUGAGCUUUCCAGUUAUUGUACAUACACUGGCCUCGUUAUUAGAAACAUUAGAAAUUUUUUAUUUUUUAUUUUUUAAUUUUAACAUGAACAUCCAUCAGUUCAACAGAAGUUAAACUGGGUAAAUUCAUUCGUAGCUCACCUGGUCCGACUUUGGGAAGACUUAAAGUUAGGCGUGAGGGUGCUUUGAGGGUGUGCCGACACUGGCAACUAAUUGGAAUCACUGAGCUCUGGAACGUGUUUCGGGUGUCUUCUCCUUUUAUGAUGAUAAUGAAUAUGACUUUGAUGUGCAGGUAAUUCUUUUAACAAACCAUCCAACAAGUCUCUGCUUUAGUAAUCAUGGUAUUGUCUUUAUUUUUUCGCUUGUUACUUGCCACUAAUUACUCUGUUACUGUAAAGUUGUCUCAACAGCAUUAAACAAAACAUGAGAUAUCGCCAGGUGCAUACCAGUUUUUACUACAAGAUGGUGCAACAAGGCAAGAGAUUAAGAGUAUGUUCUUAGUCUCUUAAGGGAAGGCAGAAACAUUUCAGUACACCCCCUGGAAGAGUUCUGCCCCCUGGUGGUGAAAGUGUUACAGAUGUUACCGUUAACACUAACUGGCAGGGUAUGCACACUCACACAGUUUACAACUCUCCCCUCUCGUCCAGAUACGGUCACUUCUGGCUCUGAAAAAGCAUAUACACAGACAUAUAUAGUCUGUGGUUCUGUAGAGGAGGACGGAUUGCUCGGAGGGCGUGUUUGCGACGCUCAGCCUGCGUUCAGUCUCAUAUAAACACGUGUGAGCAAACACUAAAUCAAAGGCCUCUCCUCUCCCUGCGUGAGCUGAUCACGUGUACAUGUGUAUGAUACUGAGUGACAAUAACUUACUGUAAACUACGUGUACCGUUCCCCUUCUAACUGUUGAAGCUUGGCGUGGUGAGCGCUGCCCUCCCUGCUUGUAAAUGAGACGUUCUGCUUCAUUGAAAUGCCUUUUUUCCAUCAGAUUUUUUUUUUUGUUCGUUUUUAAAUCAAAGUGUGCCUAACCGCCGUCCCGCUGUACAGGACAUCCCAGACGGCCUGUUGCACAGAGGGUGGUGACGUGUGGCGUAUUUGACCGUGUGAAGGAGCGGGAAGCUGUGCGGUCUGUGUUGUAACGAUAAAGAUCUUUUUGUAAAACUCUCUUGUUUGUUUGUUUGUUUGAAUCCAUUGAGCUCCUGAUUGGUUUGGGUUUUGUUUGUUUUUUUUUGUCCACUUUUUUCUUUUGUUGUUGUUGUACAGAUGAAAAAUUGGACAGUUUGUUAAUGAUAAUAAUAAAGUCUGCAAGGUUUCUA